AUGGUAUGGUCACUGCCAAGUCAUAGUGAGGGUCAUAACACGUUAGGCCGUUGGUUAUAAGAGAGGUAAGAUGGAUUGUAGGUCAUUUGAGGGUUAAGUAGGGAUAAUUAGGUCAAAGUCGUACGAGGGAGAAUGGGGGUUAUUAGGGUUAGGAUGGGGUGAGAGAAGGUGAGGAAUAAAUGCAUAAGUCUAUACCAUAGAUGAACAAUCAAGUAAUAUCAUAUUUCGUAGAAUUCACUUUUCUUGAAGAGUGCGAGUCCACUUUGUGUGACACUUUUGCGAGGUUGAUUAGAUCUUAAACCCUGUUGCGACUCUAUGUGUCAUAGGAGCCUUGGUGCACCAGCCAUGAGUUGAGCCUCUUAUGGCCUCUAACUCGUAGCUACUCCGCGUGACGGUUGGUAGUUAGGGAAUGGCGUCCGACCACCGGGUGUCAUAAGGGCCUUAGCGCACCAGCCGCGCCACGCUCGACGCUGGCGCAAGCCGCCGCGAGCUGCGUGGGGGCGGCGGCGUGCCGGACGGGCGCGUGAGGCCGUGAACGGGAGGUGGCAACGGCCCGUAUCGCGCGCGUUGCAACACAAAAGAAAGGGAGGAGAUUUGUGAUGAUUUUGAUAUUUUUUCUAUUAGGUAAUCCAUUAUCCUUAUGCAUGAAAAUAAUUAAUUCCGUUGUUAUAGUUGGACUGUACUAUGGAUUAUCUCUUCCUUCUUCGAGCUUGGGUUAUGGAAGAAGGAACCGAAAAGCACCACGGUGCUGCGCUGCGCGUUGCCACCAACGUUGUGCAUGGCGGCGUGGCGCCCGUCCACGUUGGCCACUGCCGCGCGCGCCACGGUGCCGCGCUGCGCGUAGCCGCUCACGUUAAGUGUGGUGUGUUGGCGGCAUGGUGCGCGUCUGGAUGGGGCACAGCGGGUAAGAGUUUCCCAGGUGGAGAGGCAACCAGGCGUCGGCAUGUUAUGGUCAAGGUUCGAGGAAACCUUGACCAUCCUUCGGGGGGGUGGGAAGGGUAGAGAAGUGAUUCCCAAGGGAUCAUUGAAGCUUCUUCGUACAUACACACUGGUCGGACUCUUCAUGGAGAAGAAACCCUUUAUUCAAGCAGACAAGCGACUAUUCCUCUGGACUUCUCACCCAGCCGUCAUCACGCCUCCAGAAGUCUCUUGAUGUCCUUCUGCAAGACGAACAACACGAACAGCACCGAUCAAAUUCGGACACAGAUAUAUACAUAGAGAUCAUAGAGAGAGGGAGAGCGGGAGAGAGGGAGAGAGGGAGAGAGAGAGAAAGAGAGAGAGAGAGAGAGAGAGAGAGAGAGAGAGGAUAGGGGCGUAUCUCUACCUUGCCCGUCUUGUCGACCAGGAACUUGGUGAAGUUCCACUUGAUGCUGUCGCCGAGGAGCCCGCCCUUCUGGAAUUUCAAGAACUUGUAGAGGGGAGUUGCGUUCUUGCCGUUCACUUCAACCUGUAUAUGUGA